AUGCGAUUCCUAAGACACUUCAGUACAGACUUUAAUCUUUAUAAGAUUCUUAGUCGUAACAGUAACAACUUAUCAUCUGGAGUGGUAGGGUUGGCCAAUGUUGGUAAGUCGACUUUUUUCCAGGCCAUAACGAAGACCAGAUUAGGGAAUCCAGCCAAUUAUCCAUUCGCAACCAUUGAACCUGAAGAAAGUAGAAUUGUGGUUGAAAGUCCUAAACUCGAUAAGUUGCAAAGUAUUUAUAAGUCCAAGAAGAAGAUUCCUACAACUUUGAAAAUUUUUGAUAUUGCUGGAUUGACUAGAAAUGCUUCUAAUGGUGAAGGAUUAGGGAAUAAGUUCUUGAAUGAUAUUAAACAAGUUGAUGGGAUAUUUCAAAUGGUAAGAGGGUUUAAAGAUGAUGAGAUUAUUCAUAUAGAGAACAACGUUGAUCCUGUUAGGGAUCUUGUUAUUGUUAUGGAUGAGUUGAUCCUUAAAGAUUUGGAAUUCAUUGAGAAUGGUAUUGAUAGAUUGAGUAAGAAUUUGAAGAAACCGGGCCAACAAAAGGAUUUGGUGGAGAAAGAGUUGAAGUUACUUAAUGAAAUGUCUGAUUUGUUAUAUGAUGGGAAGAAGUUAACCAAUUUCAAGUUCAAAGAUAUCGAAUCAAUUGAGAUGAUCAAGAAAUAUAAUUUCUUAACCAUCAAGCCAACUAUUUAUCUUUUAAAUGUAAAUGAACAAGAUUACUUGAAUGAUACCAAUGAAUUCAAGGCAGAUAUCGAACAGUGGUUGGGAGAAAAUUGCCCUAAUGAUAAAUUAAUGUUAGUUUGUGCCAAGUAUGAGAAUGAUCUUAUCGAUUCGGAAGAUGGAGGGGUGAGUAAAUUACCAUCUAUUGUACAAGAAAUGAGAAAUUCUUUGAAUCUUAUAUCUUACUUUACUUGUGGAGAACAGGAAGCAAGGGAAUGGACUAUUAAAAAAGGUACUACCGCAGUUGAUGCUGCAGGAUUAAUUCAUAAUGACUUGAAAUCAAGUUUCAUUCUGGCUCAAGUAUACAAAUACCAAGAUAUAAAGAAAUUCAGCGAAAUUAACGAAAGUGAAUUGAAAUCCAAGGGAAUUCAACAUAGAUAUGGGAAAAAUCAUGUAGUUGAAGAUGGAGAUAUUAUCCUUUUCAAAUCAGGGAAAGGGAAAAGAUAG